AUGAUGGCGGAGGUGAGAACGGCGGAAGUGGGAAUGGCGGAAGUGGGAAUGGCGGAAGUGGGAACGGCGGAAGUGGGAACGGCGGAAGUGGGAAUGGCGGAAGUGGCGGAAGUGGGAAUGGCGGAAGUGGGAAUGGCGGAAGUGGGAAUGGCGGAAGUGGGAAUGGCGGAAGUGGGAAUGGCGGAAGUGGGAAUGGCGGAAGUGGGAAUGGCGGAAUUGAGAAUGGCGCAGGUGGGAAUGGCGCAGGUGGGAAUGGUGCAGGUGGGAAUGGCGCAGGUGGGAAUGGCGCAGGUGGGAAUGGCGCAGGUGGGAAUGGCGCAGGUGGGAAUGGCGCAGGUGGGAAUGGCGCAGUUGGGAAUGGCGCAGGUGGGAAUGGCGCAGGUGGGAAUGGCGCAGGUGGGAAUGGCGGAGGUGAGAAUGGCGGAGGUAUAA